AUGGCUACUGCAGGGGCUCUGCCUGGUAAAGCAGAAUGUCCUAUGUUAGAGAUCACCAAGCAAGAUUUUUUUGAAGAAGCACAAGCUCUCAUUGCACAUCAUAAGAAAAUAAAUGAGAAUAAAGUUCAAGGUACUUCUAUAAAUGUUUUCAGAAAUAAACAUCAAAAACCAAAAUCUGGCAAAUUCAUACCUUUGGAGAUUAAAAAAAAGGAAACAUUUGAUGUGGUCGAAAAACUUCAGAGGGCACACAAAAGUAUUUGUUUUCCCAAAGAUCUUUCCAAAAGUGAACAUUUGGAGGAGCCCCCACGCCAGCCUUCUCUCAAGGAGCCACGCAUUUUUAAUGUAAAAGAAAAAUACAAGAAACCUGUAGAUCUAAUUGCAAAAGAACAAGUUAAACUGGGUAAAAUAGUGACUAAUAUUGAAUCAGUGAGUAAAAAAAUGGAGAAAGAAAAACAGCAUCAUGGGAAGUCCAGAAUGUUGGACGCAUCCUAUGCCUUCCCCAUGAUCAAACAUGGCAUGCUCUUACGACCCAUGACCUCCUCUUCUGUGGGGCUUCUGGAAGAAAAUGACAAAACCUUCUAUGAUUGGAGAGGAAUUAUGUCAACAAAGUCGUCUCGUUUGCCUGGUGACUCCAGUUUGCCUGUUGUCUCUGGAUCAUCUACAGUGUUUCGGGAUUACUAUGCAAAAAUUAAUAAAUCCCUUUUGAAAAAAGAACAAUCACCUGUCAAGCCAGAACCAAAGCCACAACCCGGGCCAGAGUCUAUUCUAAAUAAAAGUGAUAAACUUGACAAUAAAGUUAAAAGAAUUGGACCACACAUAGAAAUCUUCCAGGUGUUCCGGGAAAGAAAUAAAUUCAUAAUUAACAAAAAAUUUGUUAAAAUGGUCACCAUCAUGCAGGCAUAUGUCAGAGGGUGGCUCGAACGCAAAAGAUUACGAAGAAUAAUGAUCAAGGCUUUGUAUCAUGGGCCAAAUUUGAGAGCAGUUAUAAACAUGUACUGCAGACUAAUUCAUCGUAUUAGAUAUCGACUUGGUCUCUGGAGGACAAGACAAAUAAUAAACCUUUCAGAGAUAGAGGAAUGGAUGGACAGAAAAAAAUACUAUGAAACAAUGUUUGCUAAGAGAGAAGACUGGCAAGUAUUAGACAGAAGUGAACUCCUUCAAUACUUCAAUGACUGUGGUCACUUUCCAACCCAGCAGCAAGUUGAUGAUGUCUGGGGCCUGGUCCACAGAGAAGACCAUGAAAAAUAUUCUGAAGUCAUCAAGAAAUUCCAGGCAGUUGAAAUGUUAUUUACGCUUUAUCCUCCUCAAGGUGCCCACGUGCAUAGUAAUAAACGACUUAAGUCAACUUGGCUGAGACCCAUAGUAAAUGGGGAAGAAGGAUAUAAAUAUAUAGUGAGUGGACACCCAAUACUCAAAAGAGCUAACAUCCGGAUUGUUGGGAAGAUAGUGUCCAGAUCUAUAAGAGAAAGGAAAAUGAGACAACAUUAUUUAUCGUGA